AUGGUCGCGGUACCAAAGCAAUUCAGGGAAAUACUUAGCAAGAAUCCUGAUACAAAGGUUUCUGCCUAUAAUCAUGGCGAUAGCUUGACUACCUUUGUUGUAGCAAAGGCCAAAGAAGCAAAACUUUUUAGAGGAUACACAAACCAUUCCGACAAUAAUACAAGUGCUAAAGUAGGCUACAUCUGUGUUAGUAUGGACAUAGAUGGAGCAGAUCCAGAUGCAGUCUUUAAGACCAUAGAGGCAUCUACUAGAGCGUCUAUGUUCUAUGCCAGUGCGGAAAUUAGUGGUAUCUUGGGUGGGAAUAAUGGUUUCCUAAUAUAUACUAAAGCAGAUGCUAAGUUAAACUUACUUAAACUCAAAGGAAGUGUAUUUAACGCAGAAGUUAGCCUUAGCGCACAAACUGACUUAGGAUUCAAGGACUACUCAAUUAGAGGCCAUAUCUUGGGAGCAGGUUUCACAUUUGGCAAAAGGAUCUCGAUUUCUUCACCUUUUGGAAGCUUUAGGAUAGACAUUGGUCAGUUUUUUAGUUAA